AUGCGUCGCAUAAAGCCCCAAUACAUAACAUCCGGAGCUCAUUUCCCGCAGUUGUUUCGCUCAGGUUACCAACAAAUACUAUUAAACCAGCUUAGUUCUCAUGCUGUCGGCGAAGAGCCCAACUCCUACGGAGCAGGCGGUUUCCAUCCUGUUUCACUUGGAGAUACCUUUGACGCUGGCAGAUACCGAAUAUUGAGGAAACUCGGCUAUGGCCAGUACUCCACAGUCUGGCUUGCCCGCGAUUUCAAGAGUCAGAGGUAUGUGGCGAUUAAAGCGCUUAGAGCCAAUUGCUACGGGGGAUCUGAGCGAGAUAUUCUUUCUAAAAUCACGGACAUCUCUAAACGAAGCAAGCACACAGGCCGCUAUUUCGUAAUACGUGCUCUGGACCAAUUCAUACAUACGGGUCCAAAUGGGGACCAUGCCUUCUUUGUGUUCGAUGUCCUAGGCCAUCAUUUGUAUCAUCAAUGCUCCAAAUAUGAAGAUGGCAGACUGCCUGUGGGAGUGGUGAAAACAAUUGCACGGCAGCUCUUACUUGGACUUGACUUUCUUCAUAACGAAUGCAACAUCAUCCAUACCGCAGAUAUACAUCCAAAAAACAUACUUGUAGCACUGGAAAACUCAGACACGGCAAUUUCACGGCAUCUGUUAGAAGUUUCCCCACGGACAGAUACUCAGUCUGGCGCUGAAUUGCCCCUCCGCGAAAUUAUCAAGACGCCUCUUACAGCUGAAAUGAAAGAACCUUGCAUCAAAAUAAUCGACUUUGGUUUAGCAACUUGGAGACACAAAUAUCUCACACAUUUGAUUCAAUCACCAGCUCUGAGAGCACCUGAAGUGACAAUAGGCGCUCCCUGGGACACCAAAGUUGAUAUAUGGACCCUCGGAUGUCUCAUCAUGGAAUUUAUCCAAGGAAUAAUUCUUUUCUCUGGGAAAGCGUCGGAGGAUGGUUCCUGGACGGCGGAUGACGACCGUCUAGCAAGAACAAUCGAGGCCCUUGGCCCAUUUCCCACUGAACUUCUCGAGAAGGGAACUCGGACAGCAGACUUCUUCUGCGAAAAUGGAGAUCUUCGAAGAAUUCCGAAUUUGAAACCUACGACCUUUGAAUUACUUAUAAAUGGACCAACUAAGCCCUUUUUGAAGCCAGACGACAUGCCCGAUUCUGAAGUUCCUAUUUUCAUUGAUUUCCUGAAGGGGAUGCUUACAAUUAAUCCAGAUUUUCGACUCUCGGCCGCUGAUCUACUGCAGCAUGAAUGGCUCAAGCUGUAA